AGAAUAAUCCAUCAGACAAUAAUCCAUUGAGACAAAACUAGGUAUGACGCUUUCCUAACUCAGAUUUUUAUCAUGAGGGUCUUCAGUUGCAACUAUUUAAAGUCAUUCGUUUAUUUUUCUCCUUAUUAAUGGAUUUUAUUUGAUCAAACCUUUAUUUUAAUAACUCUGGCAAUAAAUAAACAGCUUGUUAAACAGAAUCCUUUCGCCCUCAGUCAGGUCGCCUCUUGUUGAUUGCAACCUGCAGACAGGCGGGAAGGGGCGUGGCUUGCGGUGCCCCUCCCCCUCCUGAAUGGAAAUCACCUGGAGAGCAGAGAGUAGGGAGGAGGUCUGCAGAGGAUCAGCAGCUCCAUUCUCUGCCCCUAAAGGAGAUGUUCCUCCGUUUACCUUCAACUGAGGCUGACAAAACCUGGAACUCAGAUUUAUUCCGCGAUUUGUUGAUCUUCUGGAUUUCCUGGGAGAGCAUUAACUGAAUAUUUACAUUAUUUUUCAGCGUUUUAUUUUUAUUUUUUCUUGUGUGUGUUUUGUUCACAUUUAAACUGCAACGAAUUGGAAUCAGGAGCAUUUUAAAUACAUUUUCUGCUACAAGAUGAGGCGGCCGCAGAAGUUCAGGGCGCUGCUCUGUGCUGUCUGGUGUCUCCGGGCUGCUGCUGCUGCAUCUCCGCCUUCUGCAGGCUUUGAGGCAAACCUCCACUCUUCCUCUACUGCUGUCCCAUCUUCUUCUCCUUCGGUGGAGCAAUCCUCCCGUCCCUCCCAGGAGUUUCUGGCUCAGUUUACCCAGGUGAGCUCUCCAAACAGCGGGGACCGUAAACACCGGGACGCCAGCGCCGUGCGUCCCUUCAUCGGCCUCACCAGCAGCGCUGAGCAGAGCCGGAGCUGCUGUAAGAACGGAGGAACCUGCAUCCUCGGCAGCUUCUGCGCGUGUCCUCCAUUCUUUACCGGGAGGAGCUGCGAGUACGACACCCGGAUCAGACGAUGUGAUUUUAUACCUCAUGGAGAGUGGGUCCAGAAAGGAUGUUCUUACUGUCGCUGUUUCUACGGCGUCUUGCACUGCUUACCUCGUGUUUUCCACAAAGAUUGUGAUGACUCAGACGAGGCGGUGCGUUGGCUUGAUUCGUCGGCGCUCAGGAUGAAUCCUCCCAGCUGUUUCCUGUAUCUGCUGCUGCCACUUCCUGCGCUGCUGCUCCUCUGAUGCGAGCUCCUCUUUACUGCAGACGUGCUGCUUAGAUUCAUGUCCAGAACGAGCAGAAUCGCUUUUAUUCUCCCCUCGGCUGUAAACCGACCAACACCGAUGCAAUAAGCUGCAGCGCUGGUCAGAUGUUUCAACAGAGAACGGGAGGACAGGAUUUCUUCCAAGUUAAACCCUGAUUUGUGUUUGUCGAGGAUUUAAACAAAAUGAAGGAUGCUGUACAUAAGAUAUUUAUGCAAAAUGUUUUUUUUUAAAUCAUUUAUCACUUUAUUCUCUCUUUGUGAAAGAAAAAUAUUUCCUGUGAUUUCUUGUUUGAGACUUGCACAAACUGAUCUGAUGUGACACUUUGUCUUUAAAUCUAACCCUAAUGUGUUUUAUUAUUGCCUUUAUUUAUGUUGUUGUUGUUGUUGCACAGGAUUUAGUUUUAAGGAAAGCACGUUUAACUUUGUGAGCAGUUUAAAGUUUGUGGUCCCAGUCUGUUAUCUGGAGGUAUUUCCAGAGGGGAGCCGUUCUCCCCUGGCUGUUAUCUCCACCGUUUAUUGAUGAGGCUGAAUUUGAUUAUCUGCUGCUUUCUUAUCUUAAACAAACACAGGAGCGGCUGUUCUGCCGUCCGUCGGCUGAUUUGCUGCUGCAGAUCCAAUAAAUGAGCAGCAGGAUCAGAAUAAAGAACUUCAGGUUUAUUUUUAAUAAUUUAAUGCUCCCUCUGAAGAAGCUGGUGUCAAAAGAAGGAUCCCACAUGUGGAAGAAGAUCCCUUUAUGAAUCAAACCAAUGACAAACAUUCACACAUUAAUCAACUCACAACCACAGACUUCAGUGUGUUUUGUUGUGAAUUUUGUUCAGGUGUAAAUUGGAAGGAAAAUCAUGCAUUAAAAACACUUUUACAGUUAAAGUUC